UAAUUACUUACCAUGAUAAAAAUAGUAUCACCAGACAGCGUAAUGUGUUUGGCACAGCACGCGCACGAAUGGGGCAAAGAUUUUGCUUUCAACAUGGGCGCGUCGUACGUGGUACACAAAUGCACAAAUCUGGUCAUGGACAUUUUUCCAUACAUUGAUUUUUUAUUCUGUAGCGCAGACGAGGCUUUAGCCUUUGCCACCGUUAAAGGCUAUCACACACGUGACUUGAAACAAGUGGCCAAGCUCAUGGCCGACGAGCCCAAAGCCUCGUACAACAACCCGCGCAUCUCAAACGCGUAUAAAGCGUUGCGAGUGGUUGUGGUGACACAGCGGGACAAACCGGUAUUGAUGGCCAAAACAGAUGUGUUCAACACGAAGGAAUACCCGGUACCCAUAUUUACCGACAACGAAAUAGUAGACACGUCGGGUGCCGGCGACGCGUUCAUCGGGGGCUUUCUGGCCAUGUAUAUCGAUGGCCGCCAUCUGGAUAUCUGUGUCGCGUGCGGUAUAUACUGCGCCUCCCAGUGUGUGCAGCUUUCCGGCUGUACACUGCCCGCCAAAAUGACCUUUAAGUGUUAGGUUUAAGGGUUAACAGUAAAAUAGUAUU